AUGGCACCAACGCUCAAACAAAUCUUCACCAUCCGCUUGUACCGCAACAAACAAGACACCCUCAACCUAGGCGCCAAAAGCGGCUCAAGCAUGCACAUCAUCACGCCUUACUCCUCAGGCUCUCUCGCCAGCCUUCCAGCCUCGCCUUCCCAUCCCAUCAACGCCACCCUAACCAGCGGCUCCUCCAACAGCCUCCACCUGGACAUGAACGCCGUGCCAGCCCCAACGACCCACCUCGACGCCCGGAUCCAUUUCGUCGACCAGAAACUCAAUGCAACCUUCUAUAUCCGCUUCACCGGCGUGGCGCGCAGCGACGAGCAUAUCGAUAACAUCCUGAAAGGCAACCCCGAGGCCAGGACGACGGAGAGUAGGGAGCAUUAUGAGUUUAUGCAGCCGGUGUUUGCGGUUAGUAGGGAGGAGGAUCGGUGGAUGGAGAGUACGGCGUGGGUGGGGCAUGGGCAUUAUGUCGUGGAGAGGGACAGCGAAGGGGAGAUGGACGUGGCGGUUGAGUUCGAGGUUUACAGAUUGGUUACAGGAUAA